AUGUGUCACGAUAGCGUCCUUCGUAUCCCGCGGAGUGAUAGAUCCGGCGAUUAUGCACUGAUCAAAGUAUCGAAAUCUGGAACUUCUGACUUGGACUUGCAGCUUAUUGGAACUGAAGGGGAGAAUCCUUAUGUUGGAUUUUUGAAGUCGAGUGGAAUUAAGAAGCUACGAGCCCGAAACUACCGCGGCGAUGACGAUGAGUGGGCUGCAAUUCUUUCAUACUCCUUUGGCCAAAUCCAAAAGUCCAAUGUAGACGCAGAAUGGAUUUCUGGGCUAGAAGUUCUGGCUUCAGUACAGGCAACUGGCGACGAUGAUGAAGAAAACAAGGAACUGCACAUCACCUUGAGAAAACGGAUUGACUCCAUCACGCAAAAACUAGGAACUGUGACCCUAAAGCAGGACGAUGAACAAGCAAUUGAAUUGUUUGAAUGGACCGGGAUGGCUGUGUCCAAGGCGAACAACCUAGGAGAACAAGUUUCUACCCUACAUGCGAAGUGUCAGGAGGCAGAAGACACAAUAAAUAAACUGAAAGCUCAGUUGGACGAAUUCAUCGAAACCAAGAACCAACACGAUGAACAGUUGAUCGGGAAAUUCGUUGGGCUACUGAAUGAGAAGAAAUCCAAGAUUAGGAGUCAACAGCGUCUAUUGAUGAAAGCCAAGGAGAAUCCGGAGACAGCCGCUCAAUUAGAACGGGAAGCCGCUACAACAGAAAUACCACAGAAGUCUUCUCGUAAACCUGCCACAAGCAGACGAUCUAAACGAAAAGCAGACGAGCCACCCCCCGAAGAAUCGGAAAGCGAUGACGGUUUUGACGCAAUGGAUAUCGACAAAAAGGACAAUGUUACCGAAGUAGACCAGGAUAGUAUGGAUGAAAGACAGGAUACACCCGAACCUCUAGAGGAUGAGACGGCAUCAGAGUUAGACGACGAGGGACCUCCUGCUCCGGCACAUAAAGAAGGGGGAAGGGCAGAGAUAAACCGUAAAACCACGCCCGCUGCUUCGUCUGCAAAUACUACCUGGAAUACUCGUGCGUCUGUAAAACCCGAAGUUGCAGAGCCGCCACCGCCGCGAGAAUUGCCGUUUGGCAAGAAAAAUGUAGCGUCGAAACCAGUUGUUGAGACGAAUGUGGACGGUGAAACCGACUCUGAAGACGAUGAGCUGUAA